CACAACCACCCAAACUUAUGACUCCAAAAAAAUGAAGCCAUCCCAGGAGAAGAAUCAGCCUUUGCAAACUGCAGCAAUCAGCCCACCUCCAUCUGAGUUCCAUCCUCAGAAUUUUGAAGCCCUUCCACAAACUCCAUCUAGCACUUCCUUAAUCAAGAAAGAGAAGGACAAAAUCACCCAAUAUUAUGCCUCCAGAAAUAUGAAGUUAUCCCAAGUGGACAGUCGGCCUGCACAGUCUUCAGUGAUCAGCAAAUCUCCAACUGUGACCCAGCCUCAGAUAUUUCAGAGAGUUCCACAAACCACAUCCAGUAGUUCCUUAACCAAGGUAAGAAUUACCCAGACUUUUGACUCUAUAAAAACACAGCCCUCCCAAGAGCAAGGCCAGUUUCUGCCAACUUCAGACAAGAGAGAACAUCCAACUACGAGCCCUUCUCAGACUUUACAGAGACCUUCACAAACUGCAUUCAGCAGAUUUUUAUCCAAGAACAUGGGGGACAGAAGUACCCAAACAUAUGACUCCAGAAUGAAAAAGUCUUUUCAAGAGUGGAUUCAGGGUCUGCCAGCUUCAGACAUGAAAGAACAUCCAGCUGCGAGCCCCCCUCAUACUUUACAGAGACCUUCACAAACCCUAUCCAGCAGUUCCUUAACCAAGGGCAUGCAAGACAAGAGUGCAUGAGAGAGUUCUCAUCAGUGUGCAACAAAUGCUGUCCCAGACUGGACAUUGCUUAGCCAUGAUAUGACCUGUGUAGUCACUUGCCCUUGGCACAGAAGCCUAUAUCUGCAGUAGGCAGACAGGUGACUUGAGAAGAGGAAGAGCCACUAUUCUCCUAUCCAGUGUUUCAACCAAGGCCCAAGCAGCACGCUGACCCAGGCUUCAGCCUCCGGGACUACACCACACAUACCUC